ACAAAGUGCGCUGUGAUUGGUCAAGAGUUUGGCGGACUUUAUUCUCGUGCUCACUGGUCUCAGUUCAGAUGAAUCUGUGUUGGUUGCAGGAUCCUCUUCCGUGUUCUUAAUUUGCAGUGGACAGAGUCCAGGAAAAAUGUCUUCGACAAACAGUUCCACCGUCAGUCAAGAAACGUGGGAGUCUCACAACAAGAUGAUGCUUGAACCUCUGGCCAUCAACGAUUCUGAGGUUUUCUCAAUCAUCAAAAAAGAGAAACACAGGCAGACGUAUGGCCUGGAGCUGAUUGCGUCUGAGAACUUUGCCAGCAGAGCUGUUCUGGAGGCUCUGGGUUCAUGUAUGAACAACAAGUAUUCAGAGGGAUAUCCUGGACAGAGGUAUUAUGGUGGAACAGAGCAUGUGGAUGAGCUGGAGAGACUUUGUCAGAAGAGAGCACUGGAGGCCUACGGUCUGGACCCAGAGAAAUGGGGUGUAAACGUUCAGCCAUACUCAGGUUCUCCCGCUAACUUUGCUGUCUACACGGCACUCGUUGAGCCCCAUGGUAGGAUCAUGGGACUUGACCUUCCUGAUGGAGGUCACCUGACACAUGGCUUCAUGACAGAGAAGAAGAAAAUUUCAGCAACGUCUAUCUUUUUUGAGUCCAUGCCGUACAAGGUGAAUUCGGAGACUGGUUAUAUCGACUACGACAGACUGCAAGAAAAUGCACGACUGUUUCAUCCUAAACUCAUCAUUGCGGGAACAAGCUGCUACUCCCGUAACCUUGACUACGCUCGCAUGAAGCAGAUUGCUGUGGAGAAUGGUGCGUACCUGUUGGCGGACAUGGCUCACAUCAGUGGUCUGGUGGCUGCCGGUGUCGUACCCUCACCUUUUGAACACUGUGACAUUGUUUCCACCACAACCCACAAGACACUGCGUGGCUGCCGUGCUGGAAUGAUCUUCUACAGGAAAGGCGUCCGGAGCGUUGAUGCAAAGGGGAAGGAGACCAUGUACAACCUGGAGUCUCUGAUCAAUCAGGCAGUCUUUCCUGGACUGCAGGGAGGACCUCACAACCAUGCCAUAGCUGGUGUUGCUGUUGCUCUCAAACAAGCCAUGACUCCAGAAUUCAAAGCCUAUCAGAUGCAGGUUCUUGAUAACUGCAAAGUUCUGUCCAAUGCUCUGAUUGAUCACGGCUACAAGAUCGUCACCGGCGGCUCCGACACUCACCUGAUCCUGCUGGACCUGCGCAGCAAGGGAACCGAUGGAGGACGAGCUGAGAAGGUUCUGGAAGCCUGUGCCAUCGCCUGUAAUAAGAACACCUGUCCAGGGGACAAAAGUGCUUUGCGUCCCAGUGGUCUGAGGUUUGGCUCCCCAGCUCUGACCUCCAGAGGUUUGGUACAACAUGACUUCAGGAAAGUAGCUGACUUCAUUCACAGGGGCAUCGAGUUGACCUUGGAGGUGCAAAGAAGCCUGGAUCCCAAGGCUCCUCUGAAGGAGUUUGUCCAAGCUCUGUCCCAGGAGGAGAAGUUCCAGCAGAGAGCAGCUGAGAUCAGGGCAGAGGUGGAGACUUUUGCUGGUCAGUUCCCAAUGCCUGGCCUACCUGAACUGUAGGGGGCAGUAGUUCUGUGAUUCAAGUUAUUCGCUUGGAUGGUGAAUCUCAAACACCAGGGUGUGUGUAUAUCUGUUCUGUCAGCACUUGUGAAAACCUGCACAUGAAUUCACAUCUGAUCGAUGAUUUCUUUUUUCUGCUCUUUUGGGUUUUCUUCUGUUACUUCACUGUCUAGCGCUGUUGGUCUCUUAUUCCUGUUUCUUUUGUUUCACAUUUAAAAUCUAAAAAGUUACAAAGUUACAUUGAAGACCAAAACAUGACCCUGAAUCAGAUUUUCUGAUGUUCUGUUAUCACAGACCUCGCUUUUUUAUAGUACUCAACAUUAUUAAUACAUGAAUACAAAUUCUGUUACAAAUGAUUCACUGAACAUAUUGAUAUUUGUUCAUGGUUCACAAAAUUGUACAACAUUUCAGCCUGCAAAUGUCUUUAAUAUUUUGUUGUUUGCCAAAAUUUCAAUUCACAGAACUUUAAUUGCUGCCAUUUUCCAGAAUUUCACAAAGAAAGUUACUGACUACUUUACAGGUAAUAAAAUAAUCUUACCAGAAGGCAUGCAGUAUUUCUACACAAUGUAAGUGGGACCUACCAUACAAUUUAUACAUACAAUUUAAGGUAAAUUGAUCACUUUAUUGAAGAUAAAUACUUUUGUUGUUGUUUUAUUGACAACAACUCAAGAUGUCUGGUUAAAAUAAAUAUUUUAAGCCAGAGAUUUCUUAGCUUUCAAAAAACUUAAAUAAAAGUAACUUAAGAUCUAAAA